CUGGCUUACAUGGGGAGUGGAGUUGGACAAGCCGCUCGAAAAACCAAACCAGUUCCUGGACAUGAAGCAUUUCGAGGAUAACAAGUAAAUCAGCGCGGUAGGAUUUAUUUGUUUCCUCGAGUGCCAAGUGUUUAAUUUGCCAAAUUGCUCGCCAUUUUCUCCGUGAAGAGGUUCUCGACAAACUCGAGUCCAAUGGAUCCCAGGACCGCUUGGAUCCAGCCGGAGCAGAAGGGACCUGCCAGUUCCCUGUGGAUGCACAUUUGGGAAACCCCUCGGGGAUUUGGGGCUAACUCCGGCAUCGACAACCACCUCCACCACCAGCGCAACUUUGCAGCGCAAAAUGCAAACUCCACGGAGUCAAACGGCGAGUAUUGCACAAAUGUAGCACCGCCGCCGGGGUGUGUGUUCGGGAAACUGCCGAAGCGAGACGGCGGCGGGGAGAGGGGGAAUGUCCGGAGGAAGGGCUCCUUGUCACCGUCCUCGUCCUCUUUGGACUCGGAGGCCGAGAGCUCCUCGCCUUCCGGCUCCUCUCUGCAAAUCGAUAAUUUGAACGUCGCAGAAGAGGCCAGCCGGUUUUUACACUACGGCGAGCGCGAGUUGAACGAGAACAAUCUCAGACGGCAGUAUCCCCCUCCGCCUUUUCACACUGUUCAGCAACACUGUCGCAGCAUGCAACAAUCUGGCGGCCACACCCCCACCGGGAUGAAAAAUCAGCAUGGGAACAAGCACCACCACUAUCAGUCACACUCAGCCGGCCGCAGGAGGCAUCUGAACAGAGCCAACACUUUCCACGGCAUCAACCCGCUCCUGUCCUACGGCUGCAGUGGACACCAUGUAGACUCUUCAUGCAGCCUGUGGAAGACCAGGCGCUACAGCCCGGGUAUCAAUGGUCUCCAUGAAGAAAUCGUGGACUUUUUUAACUUCAUGUCACCGCGACCAGAGGAGGAGGCCAUGAGACGAGAUGUUGUAAACAGAAUAGAAAGUGUCAUCAAGGACUUGUGGCCCACAGCACGGGUGGAGAUAUUUGGCAGCUUCAGCACAGGACUUUAUCUUCCAACAAGUGACAUUGACCUGGUGGUGUUUGGAAAGUGGGAUCAUCCCCCACUGCAGGAACUGGAACAAGCCCUGAAGAAACACAAUGUGGCGGGCCCGUAUCCCAUCAAGGUCCUUGACAAAGCUACAGUGCCAAUCAUCAAGCUUACCGACCAUGAAACUGAAGUCAAAGUGGACAUCAGCUUCAAUGUAGAGACAGCUGUUAAAGCAGCACAGUUCAUCAAAAGCUAUCUUAAGAAGUACACUGUUCUACCACCUCUGAUCUUUGUCCUGAAGCAGUUCCUGCUGCAAAGGGAUCUGAAUGAAGUCUUUACGGGAGGCAUCAGCUCCUACAGUCUUAUACUAAUGGCCAUCAGCUUCCUGCAGUUACACCCUCGAAUUGACACACGACGGGCCAACAUCAACCUUGGCAUCCUGCUGAUUGAGUUCUUUGAGCUGUAUGGCCGCGAUUUCAACUACAUGAAGACCGGCAUCAGGGUUAAGAAUGGAGGGGCUUACCUGUGUAAGGAGGAGAUGCUCAAAGCCAUGGGGAGUGGAAACAGGCCAUCCAUGCUCUGCAUAGAAGACCCAAUACAGCCAGGGAACGACGUGGGCAGGAGUUCGUAUGGCGUCCUGCAAGUCAAGCAGGUGUUUGACUUUGCCUACAUGGUGCUGAGUCAUGGAGUGUCUCCUCUCGCACGCGCUUACCCCAACAAAGAAUAUGACAGUACUUUAGGACGCAUCAUCAAAGUCAGCCCAGAGGUAUUGGCCUACAGAGACUGGACAAUUAAGAAGUGGGGAGCUAAGCAGUAUGCCAAGCUGGAGAACCAUGUAUUCUGUUUGGUCCAAGAUGUGGAGACCUGUGAGCAGGACCUCGCCAGGCUGAUGCUGGUUUCUGUGGAGGACCGGAGAGACACUUCCUCCCCUCUCAGUGCUGACUCCCCCUCACCUUCUCCAGUCUUCCUCCCCAGCCCUCAGCACCACUCAUCAUCAUCCUCUGCAUGCUCACUUUCCUCCUCCUCCUCCUCCGGGAGUGACAUCGAGUCUGAUUCCCCCCCGAGCAGUAAUGCUGCUAUCCAGCUCCACCCCCUCACCCUGGCCUCAGUCCAUUCAGUAAUCCAGAUGGCUACUGACUUGAGGGCCACACAUCCUGCAGGCUUCCACACCAUGCCUCAGGUCCAGAUGUCUCUCCCAGAAAACCUGACCAUCCCGUCGCUCUCCGAUUGCCAGUUCUACCACGAGAAUCCACCCUCAAUCAGUGUUGUGCACCGUCACCUGUCGCAAGCUGCACACGUCUCCCAGCACACUAACUCCACGAGCCCUCUCCCCAGCCCCCUCCACCAGCUCCACCACCCUCAGAUGGGAGGGCAGCAUAGCCAUACUUACACCAUUAGGUCCAAUUCCCAUGGCUCUCUUGAUCCGCACAAAGUUGGCUUCAAGCACAACCAAGGUGGCUGCCUCAGAGGUCAAAAUCAGUCUCAAGGUAACUUCAGUCCCCAGCGGCAGUUUGUUCCCCAGGGUCAUAACACGGCUCCGGGUUUCAGGAACCAGCAGCAGUACAACCGCAACACCUGGCGGCGCAGGAAGAGGGACAAUCUUCCUGCUCUUAACCAGAGCAGAUGAAAGAUAUGCAUGACUUGACUGGCACUGGUUUUUGAAGGCCUCACUUAGCCCAUCAUGAGUCUUGGUGGUGAGGAGUUUGAAGGAUUCAUGAUACACUUGCUUUUUGUUGGAGGCUCUAAGAAACACUGACUUUUUCCUGGAACUCACAAGUCAAGGGAAGCUGUUUCCUAAAGUGUCAAAUGAUUGAUCUCUGCUAGCAUUGUGCAAGCACUAAGUGAUGCUACAAGGCUCUCGCAGGUGAAGGCGCAAUUUUAAAGGCCUAAAGUCUUAGCUGCUCGUUUUGUUACAUUGGCCUAACAGUCAGAGGCCCUUCCUCUAAAUUUGAUGCACACCAGCACAGACUUUGAGUUGAUGAAGGAAUUCCUGAUUCCCAGACUGGGUUUCUCACCAGUGUCGCUGUCCAGCUGCUAAAGACUGGCUGGUAUGCUGAAGGGUUCGGUCAAGUAUUGAGUUUCCAUGCAACUUGAACACCUUAGAAAGCAACAUCAUGUGCCAUAGUACUGAACUGGUUAUUAAGCCUGGUCUCUCUUGAAGUUUUGACACUUGUUGGGCCUUUUUGAUCAGGUUUUGGGCUCAUCUGGCCUUCUGAAUGCAACUCCCUAUCGGCUACGCUCUUGAUUCAGAGCUCUCACAGCUUGGACUAUCACCUACCAAUUGUACUCUGGACCGAAGCGAAGCACUACCUUUUUGACCUAUGCAGCGCAAUGCUGACUUGAUGUUUUUGGUGUGACGGCACAAACCGGACCUUGUCUCAAGUGCUUAAACUGUGAUGACUUGUUUGAAUGUACAAAGUGUUUCCUUUUUUUGUAUGUUGGUCAUAUGUUCUCUUAUUUUUGUCACUGAGGGCUUUUUUUUGUUCAC